AUGUCUGCCCUUGCCUUGGUUCUCUUGGCAACGGCCCCUGUGGCAAUCGCCCAGACCUUCCAACGUCUCGGCGCCUGUCCCGACCUUGGUUGUGUUUUCCCUCCAGACCAAGCCAACUUCCUCCCGGGCCAGAAGUUUGACAUCCGUGUCGAGGUCCAUGCUCCAGUCAACGGCACUGAAGCCUUCAACAACGGCGUUCCGGAUACCGAUUUCACUGUCUCAAUCGCGAGCAACAGUGAACCAUCUGGCAAGUCGCUGACGGACUUUUUCGGCCUUGACGAACCAGACCUGGAGACAUGGACCUUUUCGUGGUAUGAGGAUCUGUUUGCCGAAGAUGCCGGUACCAAGUCCGUGGUGAAUGUCGCGUCCAAGGCUUACCGCGAUCUGUCGCUGUAUGAGCCAGGAAACUACACUGUCGAGCUCAGCUAUUACAAUGGUACCAAGAAGACGCUGGCCGAGUGGUUUGUCAGGCCACUCGCUGAGGAGAAGAAAGCCAAGAAUGUGAUUUUGUUUAUCGGUGAUGGUAUGACAACGAACAUGAUUACGGCUGCUCGUCUGCUGGGCCACAAGAGUGUCAACGGCAAAUAUCAAUCGAGGAUGCAGAUGGACCAAUUCCCUAUACUUGGACAUCAGAUGACGCAUUCAGUCGAUAGUUUCGUUACUGACAGUGCCAACUCUGCAUCAGCACUCUACUCCGGACACAAGGGCACCUCAGACUCCAUGGGUGUCUACUCUGACUCUUCCGAGGAUGAUUUUGAUGAUCCCAAAGUCGAAACCAUUGUUGAAAUGGUAACACGUAUUUGGGGAUCUGCCUGGGGCGCGGUGACAACAGCUGCCCUCGACGACGCAACCCCAGCUGCUCUUACCGGCCACAGCAGAUCAAGAUCCAACGCCGGUUCUCUGAUUGACCAAGCCCUUAACGGCAUGACGAACUACUCUUGGAGCGCUCACCCUGGCCCAGACGUGUAUUUCGGCGGCGGUGCCUCGACCUUUCUCCCUGGUUCCUCCUCCUACUUGGGCAAAGACUACUAUGAGGAGUUCCGUAAACAGGGUUACUCCGUGAGCUGGAACGCUUCGUCUCUUCGCGACGCGCCGAAUGAUUCCCCGGCUCUGGGCGUCUUCUCUCUUUCUCAUCUGCCUGUCUGGCUCGACAGAAACAUCCUGACUGAUAACAUCGCCGCGUUGAAGACGCAUCCCUCUGGUGAUGGCUCCGCACCUCUUGAUCUCCCAGGGCUGAAAGACAUGACGCUGAAGGCGGUUGAUAUUCUCCUGGAGCGCAGCAACGACACCGGUUUCUUCCUCAUGUCUGAGGGUGCCUCAAUCGACAAGCAGAUGCAUGCGCUCGACUACGACAGAGCUUUGGGUGAUCUUUUAGAGUUUGACGAUACCAUCCGCGCGACGGUCAAAAAGCUCAAGGAUGCUGGCGAGCUUGAACAGACCCUCAUUGUCGUCACGGCAGACCACGGUCAUGGCUUCGACGUCUUUGGUGUUGCCGAUACCAAGUAUCUCGCCGCGCAGGAUACCGACCGCAAGAAGCGCGAUGCAAUCGGUAUUUAUGAGCGUUCCGGAUUGUCUCAUUAUACAGUUCAGCGGCCUGAUGGCAUCGAGUACGGAACUGGGCCGCAUUUCCCGUUGAACUGGAGCCCUCGGUAUGCCAUUGCUCCGGGUUUCGGAGCCAACCCCGACCGCCGAGAGAACUACCGCCUCCACGAGUCGCCUCGUCGCGUGGUCGUCAGCGACCCGGAGGAUGGAUAUGUCGCAAACCCCGAGGAUGGGGAGGAUGGAUUCUUUGUGGAGGGAACAUUGCCAGUGUCUUCCUCGUCUGGUGUUCACUCUAUUACUGAUGUGCCGGUUUUCGCUAUGGGUCCUUGCCAGCAGACAUUUGCUGGCGUGUAUGACAACACAGACGUGUUUUUCAAGAUUGCAUCCUGUCUUGGAUUGGGACAGUCUUCAGCUACCCCUCAAAGGCGGUAA